GGGCGGGAAAGCCUCCUCCUGGCCUCCACUUGGAUGUGGUGAAAGGAGACAAGCUGAAGCUGAUUAUCGACGAGAAGAAGUUCUACUUAUUCGGGAGGAACCCAGACUUGUGUGACUUCACAACAGACCACCAGUCCUGUUCACGGGUCCACUCUGCACUGGUCUACCACCGCCAUCUGAAGAGGGUCUUCCUUAUAGACCUCAACAGCAGAGGAUAAGACGGAGGAGGAUAUAUUAUUUCGGGCCAGCAAGCUGGAUCUUUAAAGAAAUCCUGAUUAAAGUGUUUGAAAGCCAGUAUCAGCGCACGGCACCUUCUUGGGUCAGAUCCGCCUGGAGCCCCACAAGCCCCAGCAGGUGCCCAUCGACACCACCGUGUCCUUCGGGGCGUCCACGCGCGCAUACACCCUCAGGGAGAAGCCCCAGAGCCAGCCUGGCAGCGGGAUGGGCACCGAGGCCAAGGCUGGAGGAGGAAAAGGAGAGGAGGAGGAGCAGCAGCAGGAGGAGGUGCUGAAAGGCCUGCUGGGCUUGCCUCAAGAGGAGACUGAGUUAGAGAAUCUGACAGAGUUCAACACGGCCCACAACAAGCGCAUCUCCACGCUGAGCAUCGAGGAGGGCAACCGGGACGUACCCCGCCCCAAGAGGAGGAGGAGGAGCUCCCGUGUCUCCUUCAGCGAAGACGACGAGGUCAUUAACCCAGAGGACGUGGACCCCAGUGUUGGACGCUUCCGCAACAUGAUACAGACGGCUGUGGUCCCCAUCAAGAAGAGAAAGCUGAGUGACCCAGUGGAGCCCCCAGGCUCAGAGGACGCCGUUGGCCACAGGACACGCCCCUUCUCCCCCCGGGCCGCUGGGGGUCUGUACGGGGACCUCCCCCCGACCAGCAACGAGGCCCUCAACCCCGCAGCCCUGGCCCUGGGAGGGCCCACCGUUCUGGGCAGCGUCCCCAACCCGGCCCCUGAGGUGGAUCUGAGCCCCGUCUCGGCACGCCCUCCAAUCAGGCGGGACACGGCCGCACCCGCGUCCGUGCCCACGCACACACCCGGACCUUACGCCGCGGAGGCGUUCAACGAACCGCGCAAAAAGAAAUACGCCAAAGAGGCGUGGCCGGGGAAGAAGCCAACUCCUUCACUCCUUAUAUAGCCUUUCCUCUCCUGGACGCCGGCUUUGUUUCAGGUUAAGCCUGCGACCGGGGGAAGACACAGAAGCUGGGAGGGACCAGCUGUGGAAGUGACGUUUACAGAGGCAGCGGUAGAUUCAUCUUUGAGUCUAAGACGGUUAUGAGCAAAACCCAGAAAAAUAUAUGGAGGGAAAGAUGGGUGUCUUAGCUUGUACCUUGCAUUCAAUUAAAAGAUUUUCUUUUAUCAAUGCUCUUCCAAAGCAAGACUUUGGUAACUGGACUAUUUCAAACCAUUUCGUUUUGUGUCCUUUCUACAAAUUUGAACUUGUGCUACGUUAAAUUUUGUUUUUGUUUUUUCAGGCUUGAUGAAUUCUACCUUGGUCACAGUAUGUCGGACCAAUAUUCCUCUUCCUUCCAAAACUAAAACGUCCAAAGCCAAGAACUAACCAGUCGUUUCAGUCAUCGACUAAGAUAGGGCUAUGAACUCUGGGGCGUGGUUGACUUCAGAAGAAGACCAAUAAAGAAACUGGCAUUUGUAACACACUCAAAUUGAUGCUUUGGUUUCUAUUUUUAGAAGAGAUUGUGACAUUUAAAGCAGAAGCCAUUGUCAGCUACUUAAGGCUGCAUCGGAGAAGCGGGUUUUUUCAUUUUCUUGGGGAUAAUAGGUGGAGAGGAUGGGCUGAUAUUAGACAUUGUCUGCGUUUGAUAUUUGUACAAUAAACUAAUCCAUACGCCUCUCACUCUGCCGCAUGUGAAGCGCUGUGCUGGAGGAUUGGCUGGUCCCAGGAGAAAUCUCCCACUGUGCGCUCACUUUUACCUUCAUGUGUUCACUUUUGAGCUGCCAAUAAUAGUGACAUCCCCCAGCUAGAAAAAAAAGAAAAUAGCUCAAGAGUGAUAAUAAAGUGGUGCUUUUUACUUCCCAUAAACUGAUUUGAAAGCAUGUUCUAAGCACACUUGAAAUGUGUCACCUUACUUCAGUUACUUCACAUGGCGAUGGAACAUUUUCCUUUCUCGGAUUUCAAUACCUCUCCCUCUCUCGGUAUUGCGUUUGAAUGAGUUUGCCCUAAUUGGUGUGGCAGUCAUAGUCUAGAAAAAAGUUAUUGCUUUUUAGAUCCAAUAGUACAUUUUAAAUUGUUUGUGGGGGUAUGAAUAUGUGUAGUCUCUAAUGGUCUUCAGUAAUCGUUGCUAUUUCAUUAUGGGAUGUCUGUUAUGCUUCAAUCAUCCGUUGUUUAACAUAACAAAAGUAGCUUUUAAA